AUGCCAAGGCUUGGUUUCGGCGUGUACCAAAAUUACACGACAACCGAGUCUGUCCGUGAGGCGCUUCUAGUAGGAUACCGGCUAGCAUACCGCAACGAAGCACACGUCGGCGCCGCCUGGAAAGGAAGCGAUUUACCGAGAGGGGAAGUAUUUUUAACCACUAAAUGCAUCAACAAGACACAUGGCUAUGAAAGUACCUUGAAGGGUGUGAAUGCCUCGCUCGAACGCUUCGGAAUUGAGUACAUUGACUUGUUCCUGAUCCACGAUCCCAUGUCUGGAUGUGACCGUCGCCUACAAACAUACAAAGCAUUGCAAGACGCACAGCGGGCGGGCAAGAUCCGGAGCAUAGGUGUUUCAAACUAUGGUGUGCACCAUCUGGAAGAGAUUAGGGCGGCAGGCUACACCAUGCCCUCAGUGAACCAAAUCGAGGUGUGCCAUCUCCACCCGUUCUGCCAGCAGAAAGCAAUAGUCUCCUAUUGCUCGGCUCAUUCAAUUGUAGUGCAAGCAUACUGUCCUAUCUUGAGGGGCAAGAUGGAUCAUCCAGUCAUUCUGGAACUCGCUGAGCGGUAUCACAAGGAGGCCGCUCAAAUCCUCCUCCGGUGGAGCCUCCAAAAAGGGUUUGUUCCGCUUCCCAAGUCCGCUACACCCGAGCGUAUUCGUUCAAAUAUCCAACUCUACGACUUCAGUCUCGACGACGACGCAAUGACGAGGCUCAACGCUCUCGACAAGGGAAAGGAGGGUGCACUGAGCUGGAAUCCGGUGGACCAUCCGUGA